AUGCGCGAAAAGAAACUCAAGGAGAAGCAACGCUUCGACGUGCACCUCCGCCGCCUUGGCGAACGUGUUUACCCCUCCAUCGAAGAUGGGUUUGAUCGGGAGCUAGCGAAGCUGCGCCGCGUCGACGCAUAUGUCCGGAGCAAUUUGGAUGAGUACUACAGCGCGUCACUCGGUUCGAGCAUGGCGAAGAACCGCUUCCCUGAUGUGAAGCCAAACGAGGGCACGAUCGUGCGCCUGGACGAGACCAGUUCCCAAGGAGACGGCACGUACAUCAAUGCCAACUACAUCGACGCACGCGAAAGGUUCAAGGUGCCGUUUGUGUACAUCGCGACGCAGGCACCACUGAAGAACACGGUGCUGGAUUUUUGGCGCAUGGUGUAUGAAAACGACUCGGCCUUCAUUGUGAUGCUCUGCGCGGUGAAGGAGAACGGCAAGAUAAAGAGUGAAACCUAUUGGCCCUCGCGAGGCGCCACAUACGACAUGGGGGUGCUGUCUGUUACCCUCGUCGCGGAGAACAUGCGGCCGGACUCGGUUCAUCGGCGACUGCUGCUCCGCAGCGUUCGUGGUGCCGAAAAGGAGGUGUAUCACAUGCAGUACGUGGCUUGGCCGGAUCAAGGGGUGCCGCAAAGCAGCGUCACACUUAUGGAAAUGAUCAAUACCAUCGCCAAAUCGCCGCGUAGCACACAGUCGCCGAUCGUGGUGCACUGUUCCGGCGGCAUUGGGCGGACGGGUGUCUUUAUUGGUCUGCACAUCGCCCUCGCGCAGUUUCAGCUCGGUCAUGCAAACAUCAACAUUCCUUGCAUUGUACGCCACCUAAAGGCGUGCCGCACCGGAAUGGUGCAGCGCAAGGACCAGUACAUCUUCCUCUACUACGCAGUGCAGCGCGAGAUGGAGCGCAUGAUCCUAUCCCAGAAAACCGGCGUCAAUCUGCUCGACAGCCGACCACGCUUGACAGCCGCAGCAGCGACCCGCGCUGAACCGGCACCGACGCAGAUAACCUCCCCACUGAUCAUGCCCAUGCCCGUCCAGACCCGCGGGUGGCAUGUGUUCUCCAUCCCUAAGCCUCUCCGCUCGUCGACGUCAGCCUGUCCCACUGAGCUUCCCUCCGCGCCGAUCCAGGUCCCAGAGAACCGGAACGCCGAGGACGACGCGGCCACCAUGGAGAACUAUCUGCAACGCGUAGGGUCGUCGCCCAGUUUGGGGCGUAGCCCAAGCCUGAGCAAUCCGGUCGAUCGCUCGUUUUCCAUGGAGGCCUUACAUCACCCAUUUCGCCAAACCUCACUGUCGCCCACGUCACUCUCCAACUCCAUCACGCGUGAGCCGGAGAUACACUGGCGCCCGGUCGACACCUCUCGAUCGAGCCCGAGCUACAUGUCUGAGAGCACGGCACCACUUCUUCGGGCCACAUCGCUCCUGCAAGAGGAACUUGCACGACAGCAGCAGGCAAAUCGCGUGAAGCGCUUCUCGCCUUCGUUUGUGUAA